UUUUGGUCAGUCCCCAAGUCUACCUCUCUCUUCUCUCUCUCUGGGUUUAGGUUUUUGGUGCAAGUUAGUGUUCGAUAUAUUUAUUCUCUCUGGGUUUCCAUUUUUCGCUACUCGGGUUUAUUUAAUCGUUUAUUUAUUCAAAGCUUAUUAUGAUUUUUAAGUCACAAUAACUGUUGUUUCGAACAUCAAUACAACCCUGUAACGAUGAACCAUAUUAGGCGAACUGGUUUUUCAAUCAAGAAUAGAUGCUCUAAUAUACUGAAACCCUACAAUGGGAUGUGCUCUUUCAUGGAGUAUAAGCCCAUGAAGUGUGUAUCUGAUGUGGGUCUUGCUCGCUUUUCGUCUACGGCCACGGAGAGAGCUGCAAUCAACGAUUUCGCGAAAAGGGAUGUACUUGGAGCUAGGGGAAUCCCUGUUUUGUUUAGAAGGCGGUGGAGUGGAGAAUCUUUGAUGAGCCGUCAGUCACUGUUUCAACUAAGUGAAAAUAGGGCAGCUGUCAAUGGUCCUUGCCUUGCUAGAUCUUUUGCCUCAAAAGCUUCGGAGUCAUCACAACGGAACACUUCUGAGACUAGAAAAGACGUAUCUACUGUUGAGGAUCCCUUUGAUUCUCCAACAUACAAUAUCCCUGAGAAGCCGGUGACGUUUGCAGAGGGAGCUUCCUACAGUAUUGUCAUUCUUGCAGGGCUUGGAGUUGCUGCUGCUGCAGGAUAUGCUGUUUUCAAGGAACUUAUAUUUCAGCCGAAAGAGUACAAGAUUUUUGGGAAGGCUCUGGAUAGGGUUCAAAAUGACAGUCAGGUUAGGGUAAGAAUUGGAUCCCCUGUCAAGGGUUAUGGCCAGGAAAGUAGGAAUCGUGCUGCUCGCCAACGGAUUCCAAAUAGGGUAUGGACUGAUGAAGAUGGCGUUGAACAUGUUGAGGUUAAUUUUUAUAUUCGCGGGCCCCAUGGAGCGGGCAAAGUUUACGCUGAGAUGUUCAAAGACAAGGUUGACAAUCAGUGGAAGUUCACAUAUCUCAUUGUUGAGAUCAAAUCACCUUCCCCAGCGCAACUGAUGCUGGAAUCAUAUGUCCCAGCUUGAAACAUAUACGCGAAUCGGCCUCUAGGUGCAUCUAAUCUGUUUUACAAGCUAUGACUCGGUUUUGUUAUUAAUGGUUCCUUAUUUCAUUCAUCAAAAAGGGGUUGAAAAUGAUUUCUCGAGUCUAAAUUUUUUGGUUGUUGAACAUUUGGAGUUAAUUAUUACUGACUCUACAGUUAUGCUACAAAAAGAGAACAUGUUAUGAAUUCAUGUGAUUGAUUUGGAGAAGGCUCGUGUAUUUUUGUUUUGCUUAUUGA